GUCAUGGUUUUAGCUCUUAUCAUUGCGAUUCCCCUGCUGGUGCAAACAUCCAAGACUGAUGCGCACUACGAGAUGAUGGGCACCUGUCGGAUGAUCUGUGACCCGUACCACCCUAAACCGAGCGCCACGGCUCUGGAGGUCAUGCAGGACCUGAGCGCCGUCCCUUCUCAAAGCUUUGUUCAAGGGACUAAUGGCGAGCCGGGUCGGCCUGGAAAACCCGGGCCGAGGGGGCCACCAGGCGAACCGGGGCCACCAGGUCCGAGAGGGCCGCCGGGGGAUAGAGGAGAUUCUGGAAAGACUGGGUAUCCCGGGGUGUUGGGCACAGCACGGUCCGAGAGUGGCGGAGAGCUCGGCUCUGCUAUCGGCGCGUCAAAGAUAGCGUUUUAUGUGGGUCUGAAAAAUCCUCACGAGGGAUACGAAUUGUUACGGUUCGACGACGUUGUCACGAACCUUGGGAACCAUUACGACCCGACAACCGGCAAGUUCACAUGCCAAGUGUCUGGGAUUUACUACUUCACCUAUCAUGUGCUGAUGCGUGGAGGAGACGGGACAAGCAUGUGGGCAGACUUGUGCAAAAACGGACAGGUCCGAGCCAGCGCCAUAGCGCAGGACGCCGACCAGAACUACGACUACGCCAGCAACAGUGUCGUCCUGCAUCUGGACUCCGGCGACGAGAUUUAUGUCAAACUGGACGGCGGCAAGGCGCACGGCGGAAACAACAACAAAUACAGCACGUUCUCCGGCUUCCUUUUGUACUCGGACUAAAAUGGGACAGGCCUAAUCGCAUCACUCCAUCCCAGAACUUCCAUGACAGAAUUAAAAUCCAAUCUGAUCAACACUGAUGAUCAGACCGACAAGACGAAGAUGCCACCGUGCAAUCAAACCCCUAGUCUCAUAUUCAGUUUUAAAAUGUAACUUUUCUCAUAGACUAUGAGACUAUAUAAUCCAUGAAAUUUCACUUAUUUCCGCAAUACUUUCACAUGCAUUUGCUAAGCAGAUCUAUAUGGCAUGUUCAAGGACACUUCUGGAACGCUUUGUUCUUCUUUGAAAAUAAGAUAA